ACAGCAGUGGGACAUUGACCUCCUGACCUGCACUCCACAACCUGCAUCGAAACACACUGCUUUGGACCGAUGUCUCCCUUGCCUAUUGCAAUCGUCUUUGGAGGAAGUGGACUUACGGGUACCUCUAUAGUCAAUGGGCUCCUUGAGAGGAAAGAAUUCGAAGUGAAAGUCCCAGUCCGGCCUUCCUCCGUUGAUAAACCCAGUGUCGUUGAGCUACGGAACAAGGGUGUCGCUAUCAUCCCCGUCGAUCUGGCCACAGCAUCAUCCGAUCACCUUCAAGAGAUCCUUCGAGGGGCGAACACCGUUAUCUGUUCUCUCGUCUACACUCAACUGGGUCUUCAGCACAAGAUCAUAGAGGCUGCGAAGGCUGUCGGCGUUCCGCGCUUCGUUCCGUGCGAUUUUGGAACCCCUGGACGCAGAGGUGUACGCAAACUUCACGACGAGAAACUGGACAUACAGGAUGCUGUGAAGGCUAGCGGAAUUGGGUAUACGUUCAUCGACGUCGGGUUCUGGUACCAGUUACACCUUAUCUAUACCGAUGUAGAGAAAGCAUAUGUGCCUUGGCUAUAUGAAGCCUCGCGUUAUGUAUACAACGAUGGUCUUGUGAAGACCGCGUACACCGAUCUCACCGACAUCGGACGUUUCGUUGCUCGUAUUGUGGCAGACCCACGGACCCUGAAUCAUCAUGUGUUUGCGUGGGGAGAGGAAAUCACCCAACAAGACCUCGUCAAUCUAGCUCGGAAAUACGGCGAUCCGAACGUCGAGGUCAUUCGCAAAACUACAGCUGAUCUCGAAGCGCUCGUCGCAGAGGCUAAGGAGAAGAAGCUCGGAACGCUCGCGUAUUGGGAUUAUCACUACAGCAUGUGGGUACUGGGAGAAAAUCGUGCGGAGGUGGCGAAGUUGGAAGGUGCGUUGGAUGCGAGAGAGUUGUAUCCUGAUUACAAGGUUCGGCCACUUGAGGACUACGCAGUGGAGUUCUACAAGUGUAAGUUACUGUAAUCGUAAAUGCUACCUUGGAGGAACAGAUACAAGUGUCAACAAGUCGCUUCUUUC